CUUUGAAUUCCUAGCCCCUGUGGUCACCAGAUUCCAGGCACAAGAUGAAAAGCUCUGGUCUUGUCCUCUGCCUCCUCUUUGCUGUGUUUUGUCUCUUCUGGACACCUUCUGUUGGGCGGAAGACACUCCAUUUGGGAAGCUGUGUGAUCUCCACAAACCUUCAGGAAAUAAGAAAUGAGUUUUCUGAGAUACGGGACAGUGUGCAAGCUGAAGAUGGAAACAUUGACACCAGAAUCCUCAGGAGAUUUGUGUCUUUACAACACACAAAGCCUUCAGAUCAGUGCUGCCUCCUCCGCCAUUUACUGAGACUCUAUCUGGACAGAGUAUUCAAAAACUACCAGACUUCUGACCAUCACAUGCUCCGAAAGAUCAGCAGUCUCGCCAACUCCUUUCUUACCAUCAAGAAGGACCUCCGGCUCUGUCAUGAGCACAGGACAUGCCAUUGUGGGGAAGAAGCAACAGAGAAAUACAGCCAGAUUCUGAGUCAAUUUGAAGAGCUUGAACCUCAGGCAGCAGUGGUGAAGGCCUUGGGGGAGCUCGAAAUUCUUCUACAAUGGUUGGAGGAGACAAAAUAGAAGGAAAUGGACACUCCUGCUGAGA